GAAAAACAACAACAAAAAAAGCCCCAAACCCCUCAAGCCCAGGCGGCAGCAGCAGCAGCAGGAGCAGCGCCUGGCUGGCUGCCAGCGAGGGGCAGUGACUGAGCAUUUACAGCAUCCCCGCCUCCCGCAUGCGGCGGGGCCGGGGCUCGGCGCCGCAUCCCCGGCGGCCGGUACCGCACCGCGCUGCACCGCACCGGGACGGGGGUGGUGCUGGGGGAGCCUCUGCCCGUGCCUCCGGGAGGGAACCGGGGCCGGGCUGUGGCGGCCCCGAAGGGGUUAAGCCGGGACCUGCCCAGCCAGCCCGGCAACUCGGCGGCGCGGAGCGGGGCGGGCGGGCUGCGGCCGCCUCCAACCCGCGCCUCCCGGCACCGGCACCGCGCUCCGCUCCGCGCAGGCGCCGGUGAGGCCGUAGCUGUGAGCGUCCAUCUCUUCUCCACUGUUCCUGCCCGCCGGCGGCGGGUCACUGGCACCGCACAGCCAUGACGACCUCGGCGCUGCGCCGGCAGGUGAAAAACAUCGUGCACAACUACUCGGAGGCAGAGAUCAAGGUGCGGGAGGCCACCUCCAAUGAUCCCUGGGGACCCCCCAGCUCCCUGAUGUCGGAGAUCGCCGACCUCACCUUCAACACGGUGGCCUUCGCCGAGGUCAUGGGCAUGAUCUGGCGGCGGUUGAACGACAGCGGCAAGAACUGGCGUCAUGUCUACAAAGCCCUCACGCUCCUGGACUACCUCAUCAAAACCGGCUCUGAGAAGGUGACCCACCAAUGCCGGGAGAACCUCUACACCAUCCAAACGCUGAAGGACUUCCAGUACGUGGACCGGGACGGCAAAGACCAGGGCAUCAACAUCCGAGAGAAGGUGAAGCAGGUGAUGGCACUGCUGAAGGACGAGGAGCGGCUGAAGCAGGAGCGGGCGCACGCGCUGCAGACCAAGGAGCGCAUGGCCCUCGAGGGCAUGGGCAGCGGCAGCCACCAGGCCGCCUAUGGCCGCCGUGCAUCACCCUACGGCGACGACUACGGCCGGGCACGGGGCUCGCCCUCCUCCUUUAACUCAUCAUCCUCAUCCCCACGGUUUGCUUCUGACCUGGAGCAAGCGAGGCCCCAGACGACGGGUGAGGAGGAGCUGCAGCUGCAGCUUGCGCUGGCCAUGAGUCGGGAGGAGGCAGAGAAGAAGCCACUUCCUCCAAUUUCCAGUACAGACGAAGAAAGGCAAUUGCAGCUAGCGCUCGCGCUGAGCAAAGAGGAGCACGAGAAGGAGGUGAGGGCUUGGCAAGGGGAGAACUCCUUGCUGCAGAGGGCCACAGAGGAGACUGCCCAGGGCAGGGAGGAAGAGGAAGAAGAAGAUAAGAUGAAGAAAAGCCAGUCCUCUAUACUGGAGCUGGCAGAUAUAUUUGGGCCGGCGCCAGCCCCCUCCAGCCACACAUCUGCCGACCCAUGGGAAAUGCCAGAUAUGAAACCCAAAGCGGAGCCGGCAGCCUCUGCCUGGGCUGGUGCAGCUGACCCCUGGGUGCCGGUCCCAGCCGCCGGUGGGGAGCCCCUCUCCCAGGCGAGCACCUCGGCCCAGCAAACCUCCGCUGGGCCCUGGGAUUUCGCCCCCAGCACAACUGCAGCCUCCGACCCUUGGGGGAAGGCGCCCUUGUCUUCUGGCUUCCCUCCUGCGGACCCCUGGGUGACAGCAUCCCCCCCUCCCCAGGUGUCUGGUUCUGCGCCAGCUGCUGACCCCUGGGCCGCUGUGGCCGAGCAACCUCCUAACCCUGCUCCAGGGGGGGAUGCUUUCGACCUGUUUGCAAAGCCACCCGAGCCAGCCGAGCCGCCAGAGCAGGAGCCCUCGCAGCCGCCCUCCUCGGCCAAGUCCAACAGCCCCGUCGAGCUGGACCCCUUCGGCGAGCUGUUCCCCAGCACCAGGCAGGACGGGGCAAAGAGCUUCGACCUCGCCAACCUGGCUGACUCCCUGCCCGAAUCCGGCAAGGAGCGGAAGGACUGUAAAACCCCCGAGGCUUUCCUCGGCCCCGCCGCCUCCUCCCUGGUCAACCUGGACUCCCUGGUUGCGCCUGCACCGGCCUCCAAGACGCGCAACCCCUUUCUCUCGGGCCUGAGCACGCCGUCCCCCACCAACCCCUUCAGCCUCGCCGAGCAACCCAAGCCGACGCUCAACCAGAUGCGGACCAGCUCGCCGGUGCCGGGCCUGCCGGCGGGCCUCCCCGCCAACUCCAUGACCUACAGCGCGUCCCUGCCGCUGCCCCUCAGCAGCGUCCCCGCUGCCGCCGCCGCCCUGCCCGCCUCCGCCAGUGCCUUUCCCCAGGCUGGCACCUUCCCUGAACUCCCCAGCAAUUUGCCGCAGCCUUUACUGCCGCUGAGCGGCCCCCCGGCCCCGCCGUCCGCUCCGGGGGGGCUCAACCCCUUCCUCUGAAGCCUCUGGACAUGUAGACUUUCACCCUUUCCCCGGCUGUUACAAAUUUCCCCGGCCUUUCCUCCUGCCAAGACUGUGGGGGGGUCAGCGGUUUGCUAGCUGCAAGGGAGGGAGCCCCCCACGCCAGCCCCUUCCCCACGCCCACCGGCUGGGGGGCAGCCAGCAUGAGCCCCCGUGCUUGACCGGCAAGAGGGGACCCCCCUUUCCCCUGGCAAAGGCCAGAGCCGCAGCUAAGGGCAGUUUUGGGGCUCAGUCCUAAGGGCUGGGGUUGGGGGGCUCAGUGCAGCGGGCUGGGCUGGUGCAUGGGGUCUCGCUGCUGGGUUGGGUAGGGGGCUUUGCCCUGGCGCCUGCGGGGAGCUGGGGCAGUGCCUGCCCAAGGUGGGGAGCAUGGGGGGCGGCCCCCCCGGCCCCAGCGCUGCCCCACACCGGGGUCCCUGCCGGUUCCCACGCCCCUGGCUGUUACUCGCCGCCCCUCUCCGGCCGCCCCCCCACCCCCAAAACCUUCUGCCCCCUCCCCACGCUCGCUGCCGCCCGGACCCUCCGAAGGAGCGGAGUGCGGGGCGGGGGGGGAGGCGCGGCGGGGGCGGGGGCGGGGGGGUGUCAGCCGCCGCCUCCCCCGCUGCUGGGCCCCGCUCCGGAUCGGGGGGCGGCGGCGGGGGAGGGGACGCACACGGGGACCCGCCGGUGCUUCGGCGCUGCUGGAGAGCGGCGGCCCCGGGCUGCCUGCGAGACAAUAAAAUGCUCUGUCGGA